AUGCCUAAAUUUGUAUCUCCUCCAGAACGUUUACUACGUUCAGCAGCAUCGCAUGCAAGUGCAUCGAGUACCAGUACAGGCGCCGCUUACCGGGCUGCAUUUUGUGCACAAACGAACAAGCCAUUAGUUAUUAAGAAAGUUUAUGAUACCAAGCAACUUGGUCCAAGUGAGUUACGUAUAAGGAUUCGGGCUUGUGCUAUCAAUUUCGCCGAUAUCCUCAUGUGCCAAGGAGCUUAUCAGGAGAAACCAAAUCUUCCAUUUAUUCCAGGCACAGAAAUUGCAGGCGAUAUCAUCGAGAUUGGUUCUAAUGUCACAACUUUCAAGAAGGGAGAUAAGGUACUAGCGUUGGUUAAUCUUCAUGGAUUCGCAGAACAAUGUAUUACUGAUGUUGAUGCUACUUGGAAAAUACCCAAUACAGUGAGCUAUGCGACUGCAGCAACGCUAGUUGUAUCUUACGCUACUGCUUACAUGGCUUUUGAUCGUCGAGCUGAACUUAAGAAAGGAGAAACUGUGCUAGUUACUGCUGCAGCUGGUGGGACCGGCUUGGCUGCAGUAGAUCUUGGAGCUAAUGUAUUUGGAGCUAACGUUAUUGGCGCUGCUGGAAGUGCAGAAAAGACAGCAUUAGCUAAAGUGAAAGGAGCAAUGCAUGCUAUUAACUACCGGGAACAAGAUAUAAAAACGGAAGUUUUAUCAAUUACUAAACGUAAAGGCGUUGAUGUAGUCUUUGAUGCCGUAGGGGGCGAUACCUUUGAAAAGUGUUUAAGAUGUACCGGCUUCGGAGGUAGAUUGCUUACUAUUGGGUAUGCAUCCGGUAGCAUUCCUAAGGGCUCCUACCGUUUUAAAGAUCCAAAGUUAUAUAAACAUUCUAUAGAUUCGGUUGUGCGGCUACUUGGCGAAGGAAAGAUUCACCCGCAUGUUGGUGCCUCAUUCCCCUUAAACAAGAUUAACGAAGCUUUCCAGUUUAUUAAAGAUCGCAAAUCAACUGGAAAAAUUGCUAUAACAAUGGAUUAG